AUGGAAACACAAUCACCUAGUUUGAAUAGCUUAGGUGAUAUGCUCCCAGCCGUUCAAUUACCCUUACUUUAUAGGCGCCAAUGAUGGAAAUAGGAUAUAGCAAAUAUCAAACAUUAUGACCGAAGGGAAAGACCGCCAUAGCCAACUAGCUACGAUGAAAAAGUCACACGUAUCCUCGUCACCAGUUCAUCAGCGGACCCGGAGAACACGAAUCGUUUGCAUAUCAGACACGCAUAACUGCACAGUGAAGCUUCCGAAGGGCGACGUACUUAUCCAUUGCGGAGACUUGACGAACCAGGGGAGCUUCACCGAGCUUUCGAAGCAAGUGGCAUGGCUCGAAAAGGCCGAUUUUGAAUGCAAGUUGGUCAUUGCUGGAAACCAUGAUAUCACACUCGACACCGCUUUCUUCGAACAGUAUGGAGAUUACUUUCAUAACAACACGCCACAGAACAUCACCGAUUGCCAAAACCUUUUAAAAUUAUCCAAAUCUCUCACCUACCUCGAACACUCGAGUUGUACAAUCAGACUCACCUCUUCGUCUGGACCGCGAACUAUCUUCAGUGUAUUCGGUUCACCCUUUAUCCCAUCUUGUGGGAAAUGGGCCUUCCAGUAUCCCCGCGAGGACUCCACCGUAGCAGAGAGAAUAUGGAACGAUAUUCCACUUGAUACCGAUAUCCUUAUUACACACGGGCCAGUGCGCGCACACGGGGAUGAAUCUCGUCAUAGAGAAGCGAAGGGCUGCGAGAUCUUACGACAGGCGGUGUGGCGAGUACGGCCACGUAUAGCACUUUGUGGACAUGUUCACGAGGCACGAGGCGUACACCGCGUACGAUGGGACCUAUCAAGCAAAUCUAUUCGAUAUAAUGAGCUAGAAACGAACUACCAGUGGGAAGAUCCAGGUGUAGGGAACCAGAAGAAUUGCUUGGUCGACCUCUCGGCUAAAGGCGGAUUGCCCCUGAACAAUGACGGCAGCAAGGUCCUAUCACCACAAUCACUGCCUAUGUCUGUUUCCGAAGUACGAAGUUCCAGUGGGUCUACAAUCAACAAACCAACAGACCCAGAAGACGCAGACCCGGGCAUCGGUACGCGGGGACUUAGCGGGAACCCAACGUCCGCUCGGAGUGAUGGACCGGCGUUGAUCGGGCGACUCGGGCGCAAGGAGACGUGUAUAAUUAACUGCGCCAUCCAGGCAGGUAGCUAUCCUCAUUCAGGACCGCGGCGGUUACACAAGCCUAUCGUCGUCGACAUCGACUUGCCUGUCUGGGAUCAUAAUAUCUAAAUAUUUGGCCACUCCGAAGUUUCCGGGCGUUAGCCACUCUCGCAUACGUGCAACGGGGCUGUGCUUUACUAAAUCGCCCCUUUAGACUUUGUCAAUCCUUGAAACUUCGCAAUAUCAAUUCAGAUAGGC